UUAAAGUUUCUGAGGCUCCGAGGAACACAACGCCUUGGAUUAAAAAGCCUAAAAGGGAGGAAAGGCAGUUCUGCUGCAUCAAGGAAGACGUUAAACUCCGGCUGAGCUAAAUAUCUUUCUUUUCCUGCUUCCAUGCACACGACCGGCCUCUUCUUUCACUGACCAAAGAUUGUUUCUGACAAUCCAGGAUAUACAGAAAGCUUAGAGUCAUAUGGCUGGAAAAUGAAACGAGCCAGGAGUGUGGCCACAGCAUUAUUUUGUAGUCGCGUGGUACCAGAAGGGCAGUCAGUGAACGGCGCACGGAUGUGAACGGACAAUUUUAUAAUGUGAAUUUUUCCCCCACAAAGCUAGAACAGAUUUCAUGUACCUGCCUUUUCUUUUGGUCUUUUUUACUUGCCGUUUCUCUUUCUCUGCCAUAUCAAUUAAUUCAACUUUGCAGUGGGGUGGCCAAAAAGGAAGAGAAAGGCGAUCUCGAUAGUCUUGGCCAGUGUCCGAGGAGUCACGGCGCUCAGGGAGCUGCGGCUGCGACUCGCUGCUUCCAGUGCGGAUUUCAGGGCUAGUAUCGCGCAGGCUGUUAUGGAGCGGACGGUGCCCUCCACCCGCCGAGGCUAGUGACCUGGGCGUCGGGAGCGGUCUGCUGAUUUCGCUGCAGCCUUCAAGGCCGCUGCUGCCUCUCCUCUGCAGCGGUUUAUCACCAUUAUCAUCGUUCCAGAAAAGUCAUGGAAGACGGCCCGCUGCCAGACCUCAGAGACAUCGAGCUGAAGCUGGGGCGCAGAGUGCCGGAGAGCCUAGUGCGCUCGCUCCGUGGGGAGGAGCCGGUUCUCCGCGAAAGGGACAGGGACCCCUGCGGGGGGAGCUGCGGCGGCGGCAGCGGCGGCGGCUGCAGUAGUAGCAGCAGCUGCUGCAGUUUCCCUCCCUCAUUGUCAUCCUCCUCUUCUUCCUCCUCAGCCUCUGGUUCUCCACGACGAAGCCACUCCAGCACCCUGGAGAGGCUGGAAACCAAGCUUCACCUCCUCAGGCAAGAGAUGGUUAACCUCAGAGCCACAGAUGUCAAGCUCAUGCGCCAAUUGCUCAUCAUCAAUGAGAACAUUGAAUCCAUCAAGUGGAUGAUUGAAGAAAAGGCCACCAUUACCAGCCGAGGCAGCAGCCUCAGUGGCAGCCUAUGCAGUUUACUAGAGAGUCAGAGCACAUCCUUACGUGGCAGCUACAAUAGCCUACACAAUGGCAGUGAUGGGCUGGAUGGCAUCUCUGUGGGGAGCUAUCUGGACACUUUAGCAGAUGAUGUCCCAGGCCAUCAAACCCCUUCAGACUUGGAUCAAUUCAGUGACAGCUCCAUAAUAGAAGACUCACAGGAACUGCACAAGCAUCCUAAACUGGAUUCUGAGUACUACUGCUUUGGUUAAUCACCUAGUUUUUUGCAUGGGACUGGUGUGCAAUUAACUUGUAUUUAUCCUUCUUCUCUGCUGCUAUAUUUUUGGUGUGAUUAUAUAUAUAUAUAUAUAUAUAUAUAUAUAUGAAGCAACCUUUUAAAAGAAGCUUAUUUUGAAACUGCUUAAUGGUAUUUCUGUUGGUCCUAAUAAUUCUCAUCUGGACUGCUUUCUUUUUCUUUCCUACAGCCCUGUUUUUAUUUAUUAUAAUGAUUUUUCUCCCUUCUUUCACAGUGGCACAAGUAAAGUAAGGGGGAAAGAAUAAGCAAUAAUUAAUGUUUUGCUUUUGUUUUCAGAGCAAGGGGUCAGGGAUUACAAGAAAAACUUUGCUAACUUUUACAAUAAACCAAAGUCUGAUAAAAGUUAAUUUUGUAGCUUGUAUUCUUAAAUAAUUCAAAGUUUCUUCUUCCACAAGAUAUUGAGGCAUAUUACUGCUUGCAUAUUAGGUUGAACAAAAUGCUUGAAGAAAUUUAGGGGUCAUUUCUAGGCCACAAUUUCCUUGGGUAUAAUCAACACUACUGUUAGUCACCCACUUCUAACACAGAAGUCAUUUGGAGGUCCCAAUUACACUGUAAGCAAUUUGUUCAUCUCAACCCUGAGUUCAUACGGUAGAUCAGCAUUUUGUCAGCAGUGAUUCUAACCAAACUGUAGGUUUAUUUGUGUGAUAAUACGAAUGAUUUUCCAAAAUUUCAAAUAACUGAAAUUAGUGGUUAAAAGUGAAGAUGUCAUAAAUUUAUUUGUAUUUUGAGAUUUUGUUGAUAUUUACUUGCAUGUAUCUUGAAAUUCUGAUAGGAUAUAUGUACAUAUAUGCAUAUGGAUGGAUGGGUGGAUGGAUAGAUUGAUAUCAUAAAUAGUGGAGGAUCAGGAUCCUUAUUCAUUUUUGAAGUACAAUGUGAUGUUCUUUCAUCCUAAGGUGGAUAAAUAAUCUCUUAGUCUUCUGAAAUGACAUAAAAACAUUAUAAUUCAUAUAGUGAACAAACAUUAGUUUUGACAUGAUAUUAAUCCUCCAUGUUUCUUUUUUCUUAAUAAUUUUUAAUGAGGGAAUUUAAUUAAGAUUUCAAACUGUUCUUUGCAAUGAUAGAUGUUUCUGCUCUAAAUAGUUUAAAAUAUGAAUCAAAAAGUCUUCCUAUCUAUAUCUGACAAAUGUCCAUAUUCAAGAAGUGAGUCCAAAAUUUAUUUUCUUAUUACAUACUUACUACACAGUUGUCGAAUUAAUUGUUUUCAGGACAUACAUUAUUUA